AUGUCAAGCAAAGCUGAAAUUGCGUCAGGGUCGGUGAAUGUUACAGUAGAUGUUUUAAAAGCGACAUCAAAGGAAGCAGCAGUAGUAGUUGAUGCGUUGGCACCUUUUUUGCCACUUAUAUCUGAAGUUGGAGCUAUUGUAGCUGAAAUAAUAGAUUUAUAUCAAACAGCUGAACAUAACAAACGUAUAUGUGGCUCAUUAUUGUCAAGAGUUACAACUGCUGAAAAUGCAGUCAACAUUUUGAAAAUACGUAGACUUGAGAAUGAAGAUUUGUUCAAGUCAAAACAAUAUUAUAAAGAUUUUCAGAAAUUGGUUAAUGUUAUCAAGAAAAUUCAGAAAUUCAUUGCUGACGUUUCACAACUUAACGGUCUAAGAAAAUUUUUGUUGGCUCAUUCAAUCGAGGAUGGGUUUAAACGUUUAACUGAUGAGUUUGAUGGAUUAAUGCGUGUUCUAAAUUUUAGUUUAGCUAUUCAAACACAAAUUCAAGUUGAAGAUGAUAAUAAAGCUCUUCGUAAGGAUAUAGAGGAAAUGACAAAUGCAAGGGGUAUUGCUGAUAAAUUAUCACAAAUCAAUGAUAAACUGGAUGAUAUUUCUCAAUUGAAUAUAUUAUGGCAAAAACAACUAUUAAACAGUGAUGAAGAUGAAUUGAGAUCAGCAAAGAUACCAUUUACUGAAUUACAUGAUCCACCUCAACCAGUUAGACGUGGCAAAGUGAUAAAAAAAGUUCGAUUGGGUGAAGAUGUGGCAAUUAAAGCAAAACCUGUUUCAAAAGAAGAUGACAAAAAAGAUAUUUUGGGUCAGGUUAUUAUUUUAAAAAAAUUGAAAGAAUCCCAAUUCAUUUGUCAAUUUUAUGGUGUGUCACAAGAUGGAGAUAUAAUGUAUUUGGUGACUGAAUGGUGUGAAUUUGGUAAUUUGACAGAGUAUCACAAAUUAAAUGGACCACUUAAUUGGCAUUAUAAAUCUCAGUUGGCUGUUGAUAUUGCAAGAGGUCUGACAUUUUUACAUGCUGUCUCCAUAUUACAUCAUGAUAUAAGAUCAGAAAAUAUCUUGAUUACAAAUCAUUGUCAAGCAAAAAUUGCUAAUUUUACUUUGAGUAGAGGAUUUGAUGAUGCCACUAAAAACAUUACUCCAACAAUUGAUAAUGUUAGAUGGAUGGCUCCUGAAAAAUUGAAAAAUAAAAAUUCUCCUUAUACUGCAAAAUGUGAAAUUUAUAGUUUUGGAAUGCUUUUAUGGGAAAUUGCUGAAGAAAAAAUCCCAUUCCAGAAUGAAAUGGAUAUUUUGAAAAUUGUAAAUAAUGUAAUAGAUAAAAUACGUCCAUCCUUUAGCCUUGGAGUUCCAAUUGAAUGGUCAAAACUUGUUUAUCAAGUAGCUUUGCAAGAUAGUCCAACUGCAAGACCUCCACUUAAAGAUAUGUUUAUGACUUUAAAUGACAUUUAUCAUAGAUACCUACCACAAACAUCUCCAAGACCUGCAUUAAUAAGCAAAUUGACAGAUGAUGAACUGCCAAUUGAUGAUAUCAAUCAAUUGGAAAUAGAUAAUGAGAUACCUGAUAAUAUAAUAAGUAUACAUGAAGCUAUAAAUGAACAUAAGAAACAAAAUGGUGAUAAAGCUUUGGCAUGGAAUGCAUUUAAACAACAUUCUGAAGACUUUGAUGAUAUUCUUGCCAAGUAA